AUGGACACACAUGUAGCCGCCUGCCACAGAGCCCGCACUGGAUUCUCGGGACUUCUUCGAUCACUCCUUCAUAUUAGCUCAUUCCCCACGAUUCUUCUUAGUUGCAGAUUGCUUCAUAUUUCAACCCAAUUGUCGAUAACACCCUCGCUCGGACGGAAAGUCACCGGAACCCUAUUUGGGAACCGGAGAGGUCAUGUCACCUUUUCCGUUCAAGAAUACCCGAGAUCGGAACCAAUUUUACUCAUUGAACUUGCAGUUUCUACAUCAAGCCUGGUGAAAGAGAUGUCUUCUGGGCUAGUAAGGAUUGCGCUGGAGUGCGAGAAAUGCCCGCCGCUGUCUGAAGACGGCCGGCCUCCGGUGAGGCUGUUCAAUGAGCCAAUGUGGACUAUGUACUGUAACGGUAGGACAUGCGGCUCCCCUCUUUCACGCGCAUGCACAGAUUCCGACUGGCACGUGCUGAGCACCGUUCAGACCGUCUCCGUCGGUGCUGGAGUGAUUCCGUUGGUGAAUGUCGGCCGGAAGAAUGGUGCAUCUGAAGGGGAGUUGCUGUACAUGAGAGCCAGGUUUGAGCGAGUUAUAGGGGGCCAUGACUCGGAAGCUUUCUAUAUGUUGAACCCGGAUGGCAGCGGAGGGCCUGAACUCGGUAUUUUUUUACUUAGAAUAUGAAAAAAAAAAAAAAAUUAUUAGAAUUUUAUUUGUAAGAUAUAGUGCUUGUGUAUAUUUUCAUUUUGGAAAAAUAAUAAUGUUUAGUUUGGAAGAGCUUGUAUUUUUAAAUCUAUAAUUAUACAACCAUAUUGUUUUAAUUAUAGGGUUCUGCUCAUGUAACAA